AUGAACGAUAUAAGGAAUGGACUGGAAGGAAUGACUACGGAACAAACAGAAAAGGAUCUGACGGGGAUAGAGGAUGUCACGGUGUGCAGGGAUGUACUUCAGAGGCACUCAUGGGAUCUAGAGGUUGCGGUGCAAGAUCAGUUGAAUAUUAGAGAGGGAAGGCCGUCCAUGUUUGCUACUAACGCGAGAGCCCCAGCGGUUGUUAAUGAUCAUAUAGCGCAACAGUAUUUUUUUUCAAGACCUAGAGAUGAUUACAGUAGUGGUGGUAUCACUGGGGCUUUUCGUUACAUAUUCAAUCUCGUCUUUAACUUUUGCUACAAUACCAUUGCUAGUGCACUUACUUUGACUCUAAGAAUAUUUAGACCGGAUCCUAGGAGAUUAAUAACAGAUCCUCUUGGGGAUGUCUUAUCGUUUAUUACCUCAUUUGAAGAACAUUAUGGAAAUGUUCAUCCAGUAUUUUACCAAGGCACUUAUGCUCAAGCUUUAAAUGAUGCCAAACAAGAAUUAAGGUUUUUACUAGUAUACCUUCACUCUGAAAAAAGUGUGGAUUCAAUCAAUUUUUGUAGGGAUGUUUUAACUAAUUCGAAUGUUUUGGUUUAUAUUAAUCAAAAUUUAUUAUUUUGGGCUUGUAAUGUAAAUACUGGGGAGGGCUACAGGGUGUCACAAGCUCUCAGAGAUAAUGUUCAUCCAUUUUUGGCUAUGAUUGCUCUCAGGGAAGGUAGAAUGACAGUUGUUGCAAGAAUGGAAGGAGCUGUCGAUGCAGAAGAACUCUUACAUCGUUUGAGAGCUGUUGUAAAAGAAAAUGAAGUAUGUUUAGCUGCAGCCAGAGCAGAAAGAAUGGAGCGGAGUUUCAAUCAAACUCUCAGAGCACAACAAGAUGAAGCAUAUCAGCAAUCGUUAUUAGCAGAUCAAGAAAAAGAACGUCAAAGAAUGGCAGAAAGGAAAAAGUUGGAAGAAUUAGAAAAAAUGAAGAAAAAGUUAGAAGAAGAAGAAAUAAAGAGGAAAGAAGAAAUCAGGAGAUUGAAAAUAGAACGAUUAGAUAAAAUUCCGAGAGAACCUUCAGUUUAUGAUCCUAAUGCAGUACAAUUGAUCAUUAAAUUACCAUGCGGAGUUAGGUUAGAAAGAAGAUUUUUAAAAAGUCAUUCAUUACAGGAUGUGUAUAACUACGUUUUUUGUCACCCAUCAUCUCCGGAUAGUUUUGAUAUAACAACAAAUUUUCCCAAAAGAAUCUUGCAGUGCACGAGCCAAAAUGGAGAACCGAUCAAAACAUUGGAAGAAGCAGGAAUUUUACAUUCGGAAGUUCUUUUCGUUUAUGAUUUGGAAGCGUAA